AGGGUACAUGUUUUCAACUCACAGCUUGAAGCAUUUCCCGGGAAGGGACUUUAGUAUCAAUGGCACUUAAAACCCUAUCCACUUUUCUCACACCUCUCCCUCUCCAAAACCUCAAGUCCCGAACCCUCAUCCUCUUCCAGUUCCCCAAAUCGCGUUCUCUGAAAGCGCGUUUGUCCGCGGAACCCGAUGGCACCGGCGCCGCCGCUCCCUCUCCGGGAGAGAGGUUCCUCGAACACCACCAUGUGGCAGAGGCCGCGAAGCUCAUCAUCAAGGAGAACAAGAAGAACAGGAACAAGAAAAACAAAGAGAAGCCUCUGAAAGCUUCGAAGAAUGUGGCCUCUUGCUACGGUUGCGGCGCGCCGUUGCAAACUUCCGACGAAGAAGCACCUGGAUAUGUGAAUCUGGAAACCUAUGAACUGAAGAAGAAGCACCGCCAGUUAAGAACCGUUCUCUGCGGACGGUGCCGGCUUCUGUCGCACGGGAAGAUGAUAACUGCCGUUGGUGGACACGGAGGAUAUAACGGUGGGAAAUUGUUUGUUACGGCUGAAGAGCUCAGAGAGAAGCUCUCCCAUUUGCGUCAUGAGAAAGCUUUGAUUGUCAAAUUGGUUGAUAUUGUUGACUUCAAUGGCAGCUUUUUAUCCCGUGUGCGUGAUCUUGCUGGUGCUAAUCCUAUAAUACUGGUGGUGACUAAGAUUGAUCUCCUUCCAAGAGAUACUGAUCUUAAUUGUGUUGGGGAUUGGAUUGUAGAGGCCAUUACAAGAAAGAAACUGAAUGUUCUCAGUGUCCAUCUGACCAGUUCAAAAUCAUUGGUUGGGGUAACUGGAGUGAUAUCAGAAAUCCAGAAAGAGAAGAAGGGAAGAGAUGUAUACAUUCUGGGUUCAGCAAAUGUUGGGAAAUCUGCUUUCAUCAAUGCUUUACUGAAAACAAUGGCAAUAAAUGACCCAGUGGCUGCAUCUGCACAAAAGUACAAACCAAUACAAUCUGCAGUUCCUGGAACUACCUUAGGGCCAAUUCCAAUUAAUGCUUUCCUAGGAGGAGGGAAGCUGUAUGAUACUCCGGGAGUUCAUCUCCACCAUAGGCAAACUGCAGUUGUUCAUUCUGAAGAUCUUCCCUCCCUUGCUCCUCAAAGCCGGCUUAGGGGCCAAUCUUUCCCAAGUUUUCAAGUACGCUCAGACAAUGUGGAGGAAGGCAGUUCCAAAGUGAAUGGCUUGAAUGCAUUUUCCAUAUUUUGGGGUGGUCUUGUCAGAAUUGACGUCUUGAAGGUUCUCCCAGAAACAAGUUUGACAUUUUAUGGUCCGAAUCGUCUACCAAUUCAUGUUGUACCCACAGAAGCCGCAGAUGAAUUUUAUCAGAAAGAACUUGGAGUUCUGCUGACCCCUCCAAGUGGAAAAGAAAAUGUCGAGAACUGGAAAGGACUUGAUUCCCGGCGUAAAUUGCAAAUAAAAUUUGAAGAUGUGGCAAGGCCAGCCUGUGAUGUAGCUAUAUCAGGUCUAGGAUGGUUUAGUGUUGAUCCAAUUAGUAGGUCAUUUAAAAUCUCAGAACCGACAAAAAUAGAAACUGCUGGGGAAUUGCUUUUGUCCGUUCACGUCCCCAAGCCUGUUGAAAUUUUUGUGAGGUCACCAUUACCGGUAGGCAAGGCUGGAGCAGAGUGGUACCAUUAUCGAGAUUUAACAGAAAAAGAAGAGGCAAUUAGACCAAAAUGGUACUUUUGAAUACCGCAUAUGAUAUAUGAGUUUUGUACCCGCACCCACGCCUUUCAUGUGUUACUGUUAUCAUUAUGAAAUUAUUAUUCAAAGUUGUACAAAACUACAAUUAAUUAAAUCAUUCCAAAAGGAAGUAAAUUUAAA